UUGAAUCCUGAAUCAUAUAAAAGGAGCAUCCGUUCUUGGCGUGGCUCACUUGGUUAUCUCGGUUCGGUAUAGUUUCCCUCUAAUUCCUCGGUAGUGCCUCGGUCAUUGGUAAAGUGUUUUUACAAUUUUUUUAAAGUGAAGUGUAAAAAGAAUAAUUACCAAAUUGUAGCUAGUGAAGUGAAUGUUUUUAAAGCAACUCAACAUUUAAGGAAGCUUUAAUUUUAAGGAUAUUUCGGAGAAUAUUGAAUUCUUUCAUGGUGGGCAUUUUAAAGGGUCCAAGUGGAUAAUAAUUCGCGGCUCAUUUCCCUUAUUGUGAUUUGAAUUAAUUUCAAAUUUAUAUGUAUUUCAAGCUCAUGAACUAAAAAGGAGCUGUAAGAUAAAUUGAAACUCUUCAGAUUCGGCCGAGAGGGUCAGGAAUAAUGUGAUAAUUUCGUACAAAUUAUUUCAAGUACAUUGAAAAUGUUGAAUAUUUUGAAUACAGUUCGUCAAAUAUCAAGGGAAUUUAAAUGCUAGGCUCUGUAAGGAUUUGAAAGUGAAAGGAAUCCUUAAAAAUGAACUUUCUUGGAAUAAGCAUCUUAGUUUUUGGUGUGGUGUCCAUAGAACUCAUGAGUAUUCCCCCGAAUCCAAAGCGAAAUGAGAUCGCCUGGGACGAGUCCAUUAGGGAUAUCACUUUCGAUAUCACCACGUCAGGAGUAAGCUUCAAUGGCAACGACACGGGGUCGGAGGUCAAGUCCUUCGAGAGGAGCAGAGAACCCAAAUCCCCUCAGAUGGCCAGGUACAGUGAAAUUGGCGAAAUUGGUCAGAUGCGUGUCUAUAAUGUCGGGGUGCUGAUGGCUUCUCAUUUGGACUCCCCGUUCGAUUUGGAACGGUGCGGACCUGCCGUGGAUCUGGCUCUGGAUCAGAUUAAUAAGGUUUUCCUUCGGCCUCAUAACAUAACUCUUGUGAAGAAAAAGGCCAGUUACCCUUCCUGUUCGGGUGCCCGAGCGCCAGGACUUGCCGCCGAUAUGCACUUCCAGGACGACGUAAUCGCCUUCAUUGGACCGGCCUGUGCGUUUGCCCUUGAACCGGUGGCACGUUUGGCCGCCUACUGGAACACGCCCAUCAUUACCGGCAUGGGGGAUCAGCCACCUUCGUCGGAGGGUGAGCUAACGGUGACCUCUGGCAUCCUGGGGAGGAUACACAAGUGGAAGAACGAGAAUACGGGCAUGUUCAAGGACAAAUCGAAGUACCCCACCCUCACCCGGAUGUCCUACUGCCAGUGCCGGCUAAUCCUCGUCUUCGCCAGUGUCUUCCGACAGUUCAACUGGCGUCAUGUGGCCCUAUUGGUGGACAGAUCGGAGCUCUUCUCGUGGACGGUGGGAAAGAAUUUGGAGUACGGGCUGCGCCAGGAGGGAUUGCUCAGCUUUGUGCGGGAGCUGAAUGGCAACGAGGAGGAGAUAUAUGAGAACUAUCUCAGGGAUGCCAGCAUGUAUGCCAGAGUUGUCAUCUUGUCGGUUCGAGGGGUUCUGGUGCGAAAGUUCAUGCUGGCUGCCCACAGUCUGGGCAUGACCAAUGGCGAAUGGGUCUUCCUCGACGUGGAGAUCUUCCAGAGCGACUACUGGGGCGACAAGGGGUGGGAAAAUAAGGACGAGAACGAUGCCAAGGCCAGGAAAGCCUACGAAGCCUUGCUUCGAGUGAGCCUGCUGCAGCCGACUAGCCCCAAGUUUCAGGAUUUCGCCGAUAGUGUCCGGGAGAAUGCGCUAUUCGAUUACAACUACACCUUUGGCGAGGGCGAGGAGGUGAACUUCUUCAUCGGCGCCUUUUACGACGGCGUCUACCUUCUGGGAAUGGCCCUGAACGAGACCCUCACUGAGGGUGGCGACAUCCGGGAUGGCGUCAAUAUCACGAGGCGCAUGUGGAAUCGCACCUUCGAGGGCAUCACCGGACAUGUGCGCAUCGAUGACAAUGGCGACCGUGAUGCGGACUACUCCAUUCUGGAUUUGGAUCCCAUUAACGGAAAGUUUUCCGUGGUGGCUCACUACUCUGGUCUCCAUAAGGAGUAUGCUGCUGUCCAUGGGAAAAAGAUUCAUUGGCCAGGAGGACGCGAAGAACCACCGCCGGAUGUGCCACCGUGUGGCUUUCUGGGUAAUUCCCCGGAUUGCCAUGGAAAUGAAUCUACUAUUAUGUAUUCCAUAAUAGGACUCGCCUUGUUCCUUGGACUGGUCUUUCUGGUUAUUUGUUUGCUUCAAAAACAGAUGAAGCUCAGCAAGGAACUGAACAACAUGUCCUGGCGGGUCCGUCCCGACGACGUUCUCAUCGAAAUGGGUGGCAUGUUCGGCUCCAAGGGAGGUCUUCAACGACUCGACGUGGAGAACAUAUCCCUGCAGCAGUUCGGAAUCCAUUCCGGGCGUGCCUCGAUUGCCAGCUUUACUUCCCUGCCCCCGCAGGUGUACACCACCAUCGGACAGUUCAAGGGCGAGAGGGUGGCCAUCAAAAAGGUGAACGUAAAGAAGGUGGAGUUGACUCCGCAACUUCUCUGGGAGAUUAAGCAGGCGAGGGACGUGAGCCACGAGAACACGGUACGCUUCGUGGGAGCCUGCAUCGACCUUCCCCGGCCCACAGUGCUCAUUCUCACGGAGUACUGUUCGCGGGGUAGCCUCAAGGACGUGCUGGAAAACGAGGCUAUCGAGCUGGACUGGAACUUCCGCAUGUCGCUGAUCCACGACAUCGUCAAGGGCAUGAACUACCUUCAUAACAGCGAUGUGGCUGCCCAUGGAAAGCUGCGGUCGUGCAACUGUCUUAUCGACGGACGCUUCGUCCUUAAAAUCUCCGACUUUGGACUCAGUACCUUGACCACGCCCUCGGACUUUGUGCGGGAUCAGAACUACUACCUAAAGCUGCUUUGGAUUGCGCCCGAAUUGCUACCACUGACCUCUAUUCCGGGCUGUUGUCCAGCCACACAACGCGGAGACGUCUACUCCUUUGGCAUUAUCCUGGAGGAGAUUGUGAAUCGCGGCGGUCCCUACCAGGAAGCUCGUCAGCAAAUGGACGUGCACACGAUCCUCCACAAGGUGCGACAGUGCAACGGAUUCCGACCACUUAUCCGGGAGCGUGAGUGUCCACCAGACCUCCUGGAAUUGAUGGAGAAGUGCUGGGCGGAUAACCAAGAGGAACGACCCACCUUUUCCACAAUUCGCAGCAACAUCCGGACUAUAAUGAAGGGCUUCUGUGAGAAUUUGAUGGAUGAUCUGUUGAACCGUAUGGAACAGUAUGCCAAUAACCUGGAGAGUCUCGUCGAGGAGAAGACCCGACAGUUAAGCCUGGAGAAGCAGCGCACCGAGGAGCUGCUCUACCAGAUCCUGCCACGUCCUGUAGCCCAACAACUGAUGGCCGGCGAUCUUGUGGAGCCCGAGGAGUUUAGCAGCGUAACCAUUUACUUUAGUGACAUCGUUGGGUUCACGGAACUGUGUGCCCGGAGUAGCCCCAUGGACGUGGUUAACUUCCUAAAUGAUCUCUACAGUACCUUCGACCGGAUAAUUGGCUUCUACGAUGUGUACAAGGUGGAGACCAUCGGCGAUGCUUACCUGGUGGUAUCGGGCUUGCCAGAGCCAAACGGAGACAAACAUGCCCGUGAGAUUGCCUUAAUGGCACUGGACAUUCUGCAGGCGGUCAGCUCCUUCAAUCUGCGCCAUAAACCGGAGUACAAGAUUCAGAUUCGCAUUGGGAUGCAUUCAGGAUCCGUUUGCGCCGGCGUUGUUGGCAAAAAGAUGCCCCACUACUGUUUAUUUGGAGACACGGUUAACACGGCGUCUCGAAUGGAGAGCACUGGAUUGCCCGGCAAGAUACAUGUUUCCUCCGCCACCAAGGCUAUCCUAGAUAAGUUCGGUACCUUCCAGAUGGAGCAGCGUGGCGACGUGGAGCUUAAGGGGAAGGGCACUGUAACCACAUACUGGUUGAAUAGCACCACCGAAGCCGAGAUUCGGCCGCCCACUCCACAGAUUCUGGCGACCGACGAGGUUCCAUUCCCCCUGCUCUUCGCAGGUAUGGGAAAGUAGUCCCAAAUAUUAGUAUUUUCGAAUGUAUUUUACAAUGAAUUACAAAUAAAUUAAUCGCUUUUAUUGUUUUGAAAAAGUCUGUUGAAUUAUUGCCAUAGGACUGUGAUCCUCUAGGCUUUAUUGGUCAUUUCGCAAAGGGCUCUUCUUUCAUUAUAGCAAUUUAGAUCAUUCAUUCCGUACAACUCCUUCGUAAACAACACAUCUACACAAUGUUCAUUUCCAUUUGAAUUAUCUGGCUGAUUUAGAGCCCAAGCUGUGUAAAUCAUAGGUCUGCCAGUUUUCACUGAGUAGAAAAAUCCUGUAGCUCUUCCUUCGUCAAAAUAGGACAACCAAAAAGCAUCGGUUGAAUUGUUGUAUCCCUUACCAACUAAAUAAUCUGCUAUAGCGUUAAAUUCUUUGU